AUGAGCGGCCCGGGCGCAGAGGGCGCGGGCAGAGGCCUGCAGCACCCCGUGGACCAUCUGCUGAGCGCCGUGGACAGCGAGCUGCAGGCGGGCAGCGACAAGGGCGACCCCACGGAGCGCCAGCUGCGCGUGGGGCUGGAGGAGGGCGAGCUGUGGCUGCGCUUCAAGGAGCUCACCAACGAGAUGAUCGUCACCAAGAGCGGCAGGAGGAUGUUCCCGGUGCUGAAGGUCAGUGUGUCCGGCCUGGACCCCAACGCCAUGUAUUCCUUCCUGCUGGACUUCGUGGCGGCCGACAGCCAUCGCUGGAAGUACGUCAACGGAGAGUGGGUUCCCGGGGGCAAGCCCGAGCCCCAGGCGCCCAGCUGCGUGUACAUCCACCCCGACUCGCCCAACUUCGGGGCACACUGGAUGAAGGCGCCCGUGUCCUUCAGCAAGGUCAAGCUGACCAACAAACUGAGCGGGGGAGGUCAGAUCAUGCUCAACUCCUUGCACAAGUAUGAGCCCAGGAUCCACAUAGUGAGAGUUGGAGGCCCCCAGCGAAUGAUCACCAGUCACUGCUUCCCAGAGACCCAGUUCAUUGCUGUCACGGCCUAUCAGAACGAGGAGAUCACAGCUCUUAAAAUCAAAUACAACCCCUUUGCCAAGGCCUUCCUGGAUGCCAAGGAGAGAAGCGACCACAAGGACCUGGCGGAGGAGCCCGGGGAAGGCUUGCAGUCAGGGUUCUCCUCCCAGUCAGGGGGGUGGCUCCUUCCUGGAACAAGCUCCCUCUGUCCACCCGCCACCCCCCACACACAGUUUGGAGCCCCCUUGUCCCUGCCCUCGGCUCACAGCUGCGAAAGGUACCCCACCCUGAGGAGCCCCAGGCCAGCCCCCUACCCCAGUCCUUAUGGGCAUCGCAACAGCUCACCAACUUACCCUGACAGCUCGUCUGCCUGUCUGUCCAUGCUGCAGCCCCCAGACAACUGGGCCAGCCUGGGAAUGCCCACCCACACAGGCAUGCUCCCCAUGGGGGCCAGUGCCGGCCCCCCUGGGGGCUCCAGCCAGUACCCCAGCCUGUGGCCUGUGAGCAGUGGCGGCGUGACUCCUGGCCCACAGACGGCAGGGGUCUCCGGGGGGCUGGUGCCCCAGUUCUUCCGAGGCUCCCCUACGCCCACGGCGCCCCUCGGCCAUCCGUCCUCGGCCCCCUCAUCAUCCGGGUCUCCGCUGUACGAGGGGGCCCCCACAGCCACAGACCCAGACAGCCUCCUGAGCUCCUGGACACCGGUGCCUCCGCCCUCGCUGUGAGCCCGUCGGGCCCGAGAGACAGUGACAGCCUGCUGGGGACACCUCUCUCUGGUGCCCGGGGGCAGGCUCUUGGGAGACGGGCAGGAGAGUGCCCCUCCUGGGGGUGCAGCUGGGUGGCUUAUGUGCUGCAGGUGGACUCAGGAGUGAUGUUCUGUGCGUCGGUCUCUGAGAGCUCACAGCCAAAUGCAGGUGCCAGGGCCUCUCCUGCAGCUGGCACAGGCCUCCCCUUGCAGACCUGCAGCAGAGCAGGCCACGCAGGAAGGAUGGUGCAGGCCCCCGUGAAGAAGGAACUUGCGCCUGCACGUAGGAGCCCAGGAAUGUGCUGAGUAGUGGGUACCCCCUUGUCUACAGCCAGGCCAGCACCGCAGCCCAGGGUCUCCCUUCCUCAAAAGCAGCC